AUGCCAGCUGAACCCACGGAUCGCCAAGCAGAAAUCGUGGCGACGGAAGAAGGGGUGCUCAAAUGGGCUUGCACCGGGAUUGAAGGCCAAUUGAAUUUCGAAGACAUCGUUUGCGCGGUGCCAAACCCAGAGCGUCGGCCAGGUUGUCGUGUGUUGUUCCUGGACAAAAAUGGAGGCACAGGCGAAGAUUCGUCUAUACGCCUGGCCACGAUCAACAUACCGUCAAUUCCCGUGGCUCUGACUUCAUUCCUGGCCGAGAUCCCGAUCCAUCUCCGAUGUGGAGAGCCCGUUCAAGUGGUGAUAUCGACUCGAUCCGGCACUGGAACAGCCCGGGCCGUCUUCCAGGACCUCCUACGACCAUUUCUGAGGAACCUGAGUGUAGAUUACCGGGUUUAUGAAACACAAUCGGCCCAAAGCAUCCUCGAGCUCUCUCAAUCGCUGUUUUUGAGCCGGGCUUCUACUGGAGUGCCCCAGACGAUCAUCCUCCUGUCUGGCGAUGGAGGGCUCAUCGACAUUCUGGAUGUGUUUUCCAAGUCCAAGGAUGCAAUUCGGGCAGCCCCCACUCUUGCUUUGAUUCCAUGCGGGACUGGCAACGCCAUGGCUAGCUCCAUGGGCUUACGAUCCGGUCCAGCCUCUGGCCUUGCGCCGUUACUUCGGGGACAACCGAUUCCCCUUCCGACUUUCACUGUAAAGCUUUCCCCUGGGAGUCAGAUGGUGACCGACGAAGGGAAGGGACGGGUAUCUAUUGAGCCUGGCGCCGAAUCUGAUACUGCCACGCAUCACACCAUGUAUGGAGCCGUGGUAGCCAGCUGGGGUCUCCACGCGGCCCUGGUGGCUGACAGUGAUACAACCGAUUAUCGUAGAUUCGGAUCGGAGCGGUUCAAGAUGGCGGCUAAGGAGCUGCUGUAUCCAUCCGAUGGCUCCGAGUCCCAUCGAUUCCGGGGCCAGAUUACCAUGACGACGACUGCCUCCGAUGAUGACGCCGAUCUAGAUCUACGCUCGGAAACGGUCGCAGAGAACGAGCACAUGUAUGUACUUGCUACCCUUGUGCCCAGGCUGGAGAAGGAUUUCCUGAUCUCGCCCGACUCGGUGCCUUUGAGUGGAAAGAUUCGAUUUCUACGGUUCGGUCCUCAGUCACCAGAAGAAGCGAUGCGUCUCAUGACAUUGGCGUACCAGGGUGGCCAGCAUGUGCGCGAAGAGUCCGUUACCUACCGGGAGGUUGAAUCACUUCGGAUCGAUUUCCAGGAGGAAUUGGAACGAUGGAGAAGAGUCUGCAUCGAUGGGAAGAUUGUCGUGGUUGAGAAGGGCGGUUGGAUAGUGCUCUCCAAGGAGCCGCGGCAGCUCCUGUGUGUACUCCAGUCGGGACCGUGA